UGCUUAGGGCAACUAGAAAUUCUAGUAUAUAUGUGAUUGCGGUCUCUCCCGCUGGCUUUGGCUGGGACUAGGGUUUGGUCUGCUUAGUUAGCUUUCUUUGCGACUUCAACAUCCACGAAUCUCCUCUAUCGCUAGCCAUGGCCGAGCAGACCGAGAAGGCAUUUCUGAAGCAGCCCAAGGUAUUCCUGAGCUCGAAGAAGUCAGGAAAAGGAAAGAGACCUGGAAAGGGAGGUAAUCGAUUUUGGAAGAGCAUUGGAUUGGGCUUUAAGACACCCAGAGAGGCAAUUGAAGGGACUUACAUUGAUAAGAAAUGCCCAUUCACUGGUACUGUUUCUAUCAGAGGCCGCAUACUUGCUGGUACUUGCCACAGUGCAAAGAUGAUGAGGACCAUCAUUGUUAGACGGAAUUACCUUCAUUUCAUUAAAAAAUACCAGAGAUAUGAGAAGCGUCACUCCAAUAUUCCAGCACACAUUUCCCCAUGCUUCCGUGUGAAAGAGGGUGAUCAUGUUAGCAUUGGCCAAUGCAGGCCUUUAUCUAAGACAGUGAGGUUCAAUGUUUUAAAAGUAAUCCCAGCUGGUUCUUCUGGUGGUGGGAAGAAAGCAUUCACAGCCAUCUGAGUUUCCCAAGUUUUAGAGAUGUUUCAAUUAGUUCCUGUGAGGGAAGAUUAGUUGAGAUUUGAGUUAAGACGUUAGACAGUCUUGUUUCAAUUUUGUACUUGGGUUUUAAAUUUUUGAAUGACAAUAUAAGUUUUCUGGGAAUGAUGUUAAUUGGUGUAUUAUUCAUGCAUUAUUGUUAUUGUUUUUUC